GUUUAGUAAACAGUAAACAUUGAUGAUGGACUGAUGAAGCGAUUGAUGCUGAAUUUGCAUUUCUAGCAAGACUAGAUCUAGAUGAUCGAAGAAUUUCGGAUCUAAUCUUAGUAUAAGAUCGUUUUUACAUUACUGUCAUUACCCAUGAAGUGGUAAUAUGAACAGAUGGAUAAGCUUAAUAUUGAGGAAGAACUGAAAAAAUCAGUCUCUACCCUUAAUCCUGACAUCACUAAACAGAUGAAGAAAUGUUUCCAUGAAUUGACUAACACAGGCAACCCAUCACUUCCUGAAGCGGAGACUAAAAAAUUUAAACGAUUAUGCAGAGAAUCUGACGACUAUGUACGCUAUGCAUUCUACUUGAUCAUGAAACAGCUGACUAAGAAUCACUCGGAGAUAAGGUUAUCCGCCUUCCAAUUGGCAGAUGAAUUAUUCAAUAGAUCUCAUGCUUUCAGAGAGAUUCUAGUUCUCCAUCUGCAACAGUUUCUGGCAUUAACUACUGCUCUUGAGGUGAACAAACCUUUACCGCCACCUUCUGCGGCUGCCAAUAAAUUGAAGUCAGAAACACUGCUUGCCAUUCAGCGCUGGUAUGAGAAGUAUGGUAAAGGCUACAGAAAGUUGGUGCAUGGCUACGAUUAUUUAAAGAACUGUAAAUUUGUGGAUUUCACAAACUUACAAGCUCAGAAUCAGGCAGAAAGACUUCGACUUGAAAAAGAAGAAAAACAAAAACAGAAAGCAAUGGCGGAUAAAGUGACGAAAAUUCUCAAAGAAAUAUCAGAAACACAGCAAGAAAUUGUGAACUGUGCAACUGAAACAGAAAACUGUCUAAAGCUUCUACUUCCAACAACAUCUGAAGAAACCCUGAUGGACUUUUCUUCACAUGAAGCAAACAACGCUUCAUUAGACAGUAGGGAACCUUCCCAAAGUUGUUCUGUAUCAAACCAAAGUCAUAACAAGUCGCAUUGCUCUAAUCUUGACAGAGACAAAUCAAAAUGUUUGAGUGCCAAAGUUGGACAGAGUUCCCUCUCAGGCAAGUUACUGAAUAAUGUUGAAUCCAUGGAUGACACAUCUUUAAGCAGUGAUAAUGACUGUGAAGAUGAAGAGAGUGACCUUGUGGCUCAUGGAUUCAAUAGCACAAAGUUCACACUAUCCAUUGAAGUUCCUGAUAAAGUCAGUGUUCAAGAGACUACGGACAACACAGACAUAAUGCAGUCUUUAAAAGACUCCAGUAAACUGAUUGACAAUACUUACCUGCCUAAAGUAAUCAGAUGGCUGGAGAUACUAAGUAAGAACGGAGGUAAAGAAAAUGAUAUCAAAUCAGCCAUUGAUCUUAAAAUUCAUUUGGAAACUAUCAAGUCUAAAUGUGUGGACCUUAAGCUUGUCUCCAUGGAAACAAAUAAAACCAAGCUUGAUGACUCAGAUGACGAUUUUGAAGAAGUUCCUGAGAAAGAAGGUUUCGAGCCACACAUCCCUCCUCACUUAAGAGCAGAAUAUGGUUUAACUGACAAUGUUACAACUCAAGCAAAACCUCAGCUUGUUACUGUUUCAAGUGAAUCAUCCAGUAAAACAUCAACUGGCUGGAACCUUAAAGAAAGAUUGACUUCACAAGUAGCUGCUGAUCCAACAACCAUGGCAAAUGCAUUAGCAAAAGUUGAGUCGCAAAGCUUAAUGUCAACUUCACCCAAGAUGUUCAGACAGAACAGCCAGGAAACAGCAUCCAAUAUUCCAUUUGUUGAAUUUGGUGCCGAUUUAGCAUGCUGGGAAAAUCCUGAUCAGAUAGAAGUUCCAUCAGUCAUUAAAUAUGAUUCGUUGCAUAGAUUCUGGACUCCAAAAGAAACUGAAACAGAAAAGCCAUCACAGCAUGAGUUGUCCGCUCUCAAAAAUCGAGUCUUCAGUUUUCCUGGAAAAUUUGAACCAGUUAAAUGGAAGUGUCGAGCUCCAAUGCCCAAUGGAAAAGUGUGUGAAAGAAUGGACAGAAUAAAGUGUCCAUUUCAUGGAACAAUCAUUGCAAGAGAUGAGACUGGGAAACCUUCUAAUGUAACAGACAGCUCAGAGGCUCACCAAAAAGAAGUGACUACCCUUGUUGAACAAGAGGAGCCUUCAACGAGUUGCUGUAACGAAAGUCAUGAGUUACCACCUUGGCAAGAUCCAGAAUUGCAGAGAGAAAUAGAACAUGCCACUGGCCAUGACCUUGGCUCUGCUCGUUCUCAGAAGUUGUUAGAUAAGGCAACUAAAGGCAAGGGCAAAGGGAAGAAAUCUAAGAAGUCUAAUCUGACCAACAUUAAAGCCAUUCAGAAUACAACCCACAAGCGUCUGAGUACUAAAGUAUUUAACAAGAGAUCCCUGAAGAAAGUUUGUGCUACAUUAGACAACUGUGACUACAAGAGAAUUAGAGACAAAUUUGGGAAUCAGUUCCACUAUAGUUUAAAAUAAAUGUUUCAACUAAAAGAAAAGCAUUUGUAUUUCUUGUAUAGAAAGUUCAAUUUACAUUUUUAUAUAUUAAGUUUGAUAGUUAAUAGUUUUAGUGUAAAUCUAUUCAAGCCAUGCUUUUCCUCAUUAGAGCCCAUUCUAAAAGUUGUUUUUUUUUUUUUGUUGUUUUUUUUCAGAAAUAAAUUAAAUUUAUUGAUUAUUUUUAUAUACCAUACAGUAAGAUAUAAAGAGAAAGAUAGUGUAACUACAUUCAAUAUUGUAAAUAAAAUCAAUUGAAGAUACACAUUUUCUCUUUAAGUAAUAAUUUUUUUUUUACUUGGAGAACAUUGAAUUACACACCAUAAAGGUAACAUAGGUUU